AUGGAUUAAAGUGAUUUUCAAAAAGACUUGAUUGAAUCAGAGGAAGCAUUUAUAGAGUAAUUCGAUAGAAAUUCAGCCAAUUUCCAUCAUGGCAAUCCAACAGCUGUUCCAGUAGGAGGAUAAAGAGUACCUGAAUCAAUGCCUACGAUGUACCCUGAACAGGAUUUACAAAAUUAUUUCAAUCCUCAGGAGUAAGAUUUUGGCCCAGAAUACAAAUAGUUAAUGCAAUAUAAGGAGGUGUUGGAUUUAUUAAAAAAAUCUCUGAAUAAAAUAUCUGCUCAUCAUGAAGCACUUUUGCGUAACUAAGAGAAUCUAAAGAAGUCUGAGAAUCAGGUUCAAAUUUAGAAAUUCUAAGGCUUGAUUGAUGGUGAGAAGGCUACUUUGAAAAAUACAAUUUAAUAAUUGGAGGGACAUACAUAGUUUGUUCUAUAAUAAGAAAGAUUCAAGAAUAAAUACAAUGAAUUAUUGUAGAUCCUCUCGUUGGCUGGCAAGAGUUACAAUUCAAAAGAAGAGCUUUUUGAGUUUGGCACAUUAAUAAAAAAUAUGACAUCUUUAAUCUUCAAAGAUAAUUAGAAAUUGACAGAAGACAUAAAAUUGAUUAAGAAAUAGAAGAAGUGAAAUAUUAUUUUUCACUAAUUAAUAUUGUUAUAUCAUCUAGA